AUGUUUUUGGCAAUUUUAUUUCAAAUCUUUCUUUAUUUCGGUAUUAUUCUAUUGGUGACAUAUUGGCUAUAUCCUUCACAUGUUGAUAUCGAGGAAUAUUUUCAAAAUAAAGUUGUUUGGAUUACGGGAGCAUCAUCAGAUACUGGUCGUGAACUUGUUAAACAAUUAGCACGACAUUCACCAACGACACGUCUUAUUUUAUCAGGAACACAAGAUCAAAAAUUGCAUAAAUUAGCUAAAGAACUUCAACUUGAUUCUGAUCAUUGUCUAGUAUUACCACUCGAUCUUGAACGACAACAUGAUUUUUUUAAAUCAAAAAUUGAUCUUGUUCUCGAACGAUUUGGUCAAAUCGAUGUUUUAAUUAAUAAUGCUGGUAUAUCACAUCGAGAUUCUAUUCAAGAUACAGGCUAUAAUGUCGAUGCACGAUUAAUGAAUGUUAAUUAUCUUGGUACAAUUACAUUAAGUAAAACAGUUCUAGAACAUUUUAUUGAACGUCAACAAGGACAUUUUGUUGUUGUAUCAUCAAUUGCAAGUUAUGUUGGUUCAGCAUUAUAUUCAUCCUAUGCAGCUUCUAAACAUGCAUUACGUGGAUUUUUUGAUUGUCUUCGAUUAGAACAUGCUCGAGAUCAUAUUGAUGUUACUAUUGUUUGUCCCGAUUUUAUUCGAACAGCAAUAUUACCAAAUGCUCUCGAAGAUUUAGUAUUAAAAUAUGGAAAAAUGUAUUCAAAACCUGAUCCAUCGAAAUAUGCUUGUGAUAUACUUCGUGGUAUUGCAAAUCGUAAACAUGAAAUUUAUGUUAGUCAUCUUACAUCAAUUCUUAUUUAUCUUCGUCGAUUUUUUCCUCAAUUACUUUAUUAUAUCCUCUCACAUACUAAACCAAUUAUGAAAUAG